UGUAUGGAACAAGUCGUCUUUCUUUUUAAACAUCGCCGACCAAACUCUAUCCCUUUCCUUUUUCAAUCCACCUUUUACUUUUUACUUAUAUUUACGGGCCAUGGACAACAAUACUACCAUUUAUCUCUUACUUCAACUUUUUAGUGUUCCCCUUCUACUUUUCCUUUUCGUCCACUGCACCUAUCAUUCCAUCAAUUUCCUCCUCCAGAUCUUCUCCAUUGUCGCUAUCCUCAACAACAUCAAUGAGAGCGUACUACCCAUCUACUACAAUGACCAGGUCAUGUCACAAGCCUAUGGCACGACUGGAUGCACUGUGUCCGCAAUCUUUGGACACUACAUCCCUAUAGUACUUAAUCUGUUGGCUGCAUGUAUGGGGUUUAAUGUGUGGCUCCUGAUAGUGCACAGAAGUAAAUAUAAAGAACGACAGCUGCUGCCUUGGUACUGUCUGUUUUCUUUUGGAGUACCCUUGGUGAUGACAAUAAUCGCUAUCAUCUUACUUCGGAAUGAGCCACACUGGGCAGCCAAUUCGCGACGAUACUGUUGUGAUUUUCAACAUACUUCCAUAACUACGGGGACAUUUGCUAUCCCUAUGUUAGCCGGAGGAGCAGCUGGAGUUCUAUUCACAAUGCACACGGCGAUUCAUUUGGUGCAAUACUACUACAAAAAACGCCAAAAUUCUAAUAGUAGUGGUGCUUCUCAUCGAACGAGUAUCAUAAAUGACUUGAGGUAAGUUUCGAAAAGUGAUCCUUGUUACUACUAUUGUUUACAUUGUUCAUUUAACAAGGAGAACGUUGCUUAUAAGGAAAUUAUAUACGAU